AUGGUUAAAGAAUCGGAAAUCUCAACAAAUGAAAGAAAUUUCAUAUUAUCAGGCUUAAAGGAAGGAAUCCGCCUUGAUAAUCGGGAUCCAGAAGAAUUUAGACCCCUAAAGAUUCUAUUUGGCCCAGAACAUGGACGUUGUGAAGUGCGACUCGGUGGCACAAAGGUAUUGGCUAAAGUGUCGUGUGAAGUCACUCGGCCUUACAUAGAUCGUUCCUCGGAAGGAAUUCUAAUAUUAAAUACAGAGUUGUCUCCUAUGGCUUUUCCAGGGCUUGACUCGGGAAGGCCUUCUGAUGAAGAGAUCCUUGUAAGUCGAAUACUUGAAAAGGCACUAAAAAGAAACCAUGCCAUAGAUUUAGAGGGAUUGUGUAUUAUUCGUGAAAAAAAAGUAUGGACAAUUCGUGUCGAUGUACACUUCCUUGAUAAUGACGGCAAUAUAAUUGAUGCUGCAUGCAUCGCAGCUAUUUCAGCUCUCUCCCAUUUUCGAAGACCUGAUGUUACAGUAACCGGUGAUGAUAAUAUCACUAUACAUUCGUUUGAACAGCGAAAUCCGAUCCCGCUGACUAUUCACCAUACACCUAUUUGUGUGACAUUCGCAUUUUUUGAAAACGGAGAUUUGUGGGUCGUAGAUCCCUGUUUGCAAGAAGAGCAAAUACGUCAAGGCGAUAUGACAAUAACAAUAAAUGAAAAUAAUGAAAUUUGUGUUUUGUCAAAGGCUGGCGGUGUACCCUUAUCCAUGGAUCAAAUAGUACAAUGUUCAAAAAUCGCGACAAGCAAAGUAGAAUUAAUAACGGAGCAAAUCCGCAAGGCACUGGCCGCUAAUUGA